GUUUGUGAGUGUCUCUGUGUGUAUGUGUUUGUGUGUGUGCGUGCGCGCGCGUGUGUAGGACAGUGUGAGUCCGGGUCGCCAGGGAGGAGGAGGAGCCGGACGCGCUGGAGGGAUCCGGAGGCCCCGCGCCCGGAGCUGCGCCCCCCCCUCGCCCGCCGGGGCCGCGGUAGCCCCAGCCUAGAGCCCAGCAGGCGGCCGGGGGGUGGCUCUCCGGGCCGCCCCUCCCUCCUGCCCUCCCCGGCCGGACCCUGCGCCCCCUGCGCGGCCCAGCCCCCGCCCGGCCCCGGAUCCGGCGGGAGGAGGAGGAGGAGGAGGAGGGAGGCGGGCAGGCUAGCCGGACUCCGCAGCUGUAACAGCGGCUGCCACAACUGGAUCCCCGGCCCGGCCAAUCCCGGCUGCGGCGGCGGCGGCGGCAGCGUCCGGGGCCCGGGAGGGUGGGAGGAGGGAGGGGAGGCGCCGCGCCCCCCGCUCCCAGCCCCCCGCCCCGGAGCGGACUGGCAUGCAGAGCGGGAGGCGGCCCCGGCCCGGGUAGGCCCGCGCCCCGCCAGCGGCAGAGACCCCCCCCUCCACUCCGGGCCUGGCCAGGCCCGGCUCUUCGCAGAAUUGUUGGUACUGGUACCCAGGCUUGGGAGUCCAGAGUUCUUCCAGUCCUUCCAAGGAGGAUUAAGGUGACCACUUGGAACUCACCCAGCCUCUCCUCACCUGCUGGCGGCCAUGAACGACGUCGCGAUUGUGAAGGAGGGCUGGCUGCAUAAGCGAGGAGAAUAUAUCAAAACGUGGCGGCCACGCUACUUCUUGCUAAAGAGUGAUGGGACCUUCAUUGGCUAUAAGGAGCGGCCACAAGAUGUGGACCAGCGGGAAUCUCCCCUCAACAAUUUCUCAGUUGCACAAUGCCAGCUGAUGAAGACAGAGCGACCCAAACCCAAUACAUUCAUCAUCCGCUGCCUGCAGUGGACCACGGUAAUUGAGAGAACGUUUCACGUGGAGACCCCCGAGGAGCGGGAAGAAUGGACCAAAGCCAUCCAGAUGGUGGCUGACAGCCUAAAAAAGCAGGAGGAAGAACUCAUGGACUUCCGAUCAGGCUCACCCAGUGACAAUUCUGGGGCUGAGGAGAUGGAGGUGUCUACAACAAAGCCCAAACACAAAGUGACAAUGAAUGAGUUCGAGUACCUGAAGCUGUUGGGCAAAGGCACAUUUGGGAAGGUGAUCCUAGUGAAGGAGAAGGCAACUGGGCGAUAUUAUGCCAUGAAGAUCCUCAAGAAGGAAGUGAUUGUGGCCAAGGAUGAGGUGGCUCAUACACUUACGGAGAAUCGAGUCUUACAGAACUCCAGGCACCCAUUCCUGACAGCACUGAAGUACUCGUUCCAGACGCAUGACCGCCUGUGCUUUGUGAUGGAGUAUGCCAAUGGAGGAGAGCUAUUUUUCCAUCUCUCUCGAGAACGGGUAUUCUCCGAAGACAGAGCCAGGUUCUAUGGGGCAGAGAUCGUGUCUGCGCUGGACUACUUGCAUUCUGAGAAGAAUGUGGUAUACAGAGACCUCAAGUUGGAAAACCUAAUGCUGGACAAAGAUGGUCACAUAAAAAUCACUGACUUCGGUCUGUGCAAGGAGGGGAUCAAGGAUGGUGCUACAAUGAAGACCUUCUGCGGGACUCCAGAAUAUCUGGCCCCUGAGGUGCUAGAGGACAAUGACUAUGGCCGGGCAGUGGACUGGUGGGGCCUGGGAGUGGUCAUGUAUGAGAUGAUGUGCGGCCGGCUGCCCUUCUACAACCAGGAUCAUGAGAAGCUGUUUGAGCUGAUCCUCAUGGAGGAGAUCCGAUUUCCUCGAACGCUGUCCCCGGACGCCAAGUCACUUUUGUCAGGGUUGCUGAAAAAGGACCCCAAGCAGAGGUUAGGUGGGGGACCAGAUGAUGCAAAAGAGAUUAUGCAGCACAAGUUUUUUGCUGGCAUUGUAUGGCAAGAUGUCUAUGAAAAAAAGCUGGUGCCUCCGUUUAAGCCACAGGUCACAUCUGAGACGGACACCCGGUAUUUUGAUGAGGAGUUUACAGCCCAGAUGAUCACAAUCACCCCUCCUGACCAAGAUGACAACAUGGAAUGUGUGGAUAACGAGAGACGGCCCCAUUUUCCUCAGUUCUCGUACUCUGCUAGUGGGACAGCUUGAUAUGUGGCCACCCCAUGGGCAUCCAUUCUGAAGCAAACACACGGACUGCAUUUGGGGGAACUUGGGCUUCAACAGACACUAGGGAACUUCCUGUGUUACCUGACUCAUGAACAACGUUGCUUUGUACAACGCUUUAGAUUAAUUCCUAGGAAGUCUCACCAUUGAUUCAUAUUUUAAAAAAAGAAAGAAAGAAAAAUUCUCUGAUGUGUUUUUGAGAGGAACCGAAGCAAUUAUGCUAUUAAGUCAUUUUCAUGCGAUCAGAACCUAAGGGUCGGAAAGAACUUUUUUUUUUUUUUUUUUUUUUAAAGUUCAUUUUAGGAAUAAGACGUCCAACAUAUCAGCCAGUUUGAAAAGAAAAAUCCCCCUCAUCUUUUUAUUUAUUUCAUCUAGCUUUUUAAUUUUUUCACCUCUAUGUUGUCUCGGCACUCAGAACACCCAAGUGGAUGGAUUUAUUUAGAAAGAUGUAAAAGACAUUUGUCGCUAGUGCAAUAAUUAACCUCAGCAACAAGAGGAACAGGAUCAAGGAAUCAAGGGCCAAGGAGAGCUUGGGGUACGGGCGUGGGCAUGGAUCCUCACCACCAAUACAGAGACUGACUCCCCAAAAGGAGCCAAGCUAAUGGCCUCAGUGAGGCGCUCAGCAGCCCCAGUGUUGUGACCAUGACUCCUGAUGCACGGCAAGCGAGACGGUUCGGGGGGCUAAUCGAGGUUCUGCCUAGGAAGCAAGGGUCGUCCCGCGCUGUCAUCUCGGAGAGCAUCCGUGGACUGUUGGCGCCGGCUCCCUGCCAGCUUCCUCCACUUCUCUCUCCCCAUCCUCCCUCCCCAUCGGGCCUCAUGUACAUCCAACCAGAAUUUCUCCAGUGAAAUAAAUAUUGGCACUGAGCCCCUCCCCAAUUCCUCAGCUACCUUCAGAGCAUAGGUGGUGAGUUCCUGGAUGUGAGUAUGUAGGAAAAAGCCCCUAUAACCUUCUAUAAUUGUGCCCAGGCCAUGUUCACUCUCAGAGAAGCUUUUUUUUCUUGGCCUAUGUAUAACGAAAGAACUUGAAUUUGAAUUUUUUCUCUGUAUUCAAAGGAAUAUGUCAAAGUACAUGGGGGGGGGUCUUGUUAACUGUAUUGUGGACAGGAGCUACUCUACCCCACUCCCUCAACACAUACACACCCCCUUCCUCACAUUGCAUCUUCCACGUCAUCUUAGUAACUUUUCACAAACAAUAUCUCGCUAUGUCUCUAGCGAGUGCCCGCCUCCCCCGUCAUAGGUUAUAUUCUUUCUAGUUUGCUUAUGCACCACUCCCCAACUGUCCAACCCCAUGAAAUGAAAUGUGCUGCAGGCAUGAGAUGCUUAGGCCGCAGGGCACCCAUUGCAUCCCCCACCCCCUGCCCUUCACCUCUGUCCACAGCAUUUUUUUAUAAUGUUCAACUUUACUAUUUUUACUAUUAUAAUAUGGAAAAUUUCCCUCAGAAUACUUCAAUAAAAAUUGCUUUACAAGUUA